AUGAGCAAAGCCAAAUAAAACUUGAGAAAAGGUUAAACACUUCCUGUUGAAGACCUUGAUAAUUUAGUAAAUGCAGUCUAAAAUACAAUCUCGUAGAGAACUCGAAGAUAGGUAAUAACUUUAAAACUAGAAUUUCCAAAGGUGAUUUAACCCUUAGAAAAGUAAAAUGGGAAUAAGAAAAAUGCUAAAUACAUCAAAUAAAUUGAUAAAGGAACAAAUAAAAAAACAUCAAAGAAAUGUAUAUCCCAGAAAUUAAAAAAAUAAGAAGUUUUUAGUGAUAUACUUAUAGAUGAAUAUGUAUUGGAAAAUGGAAAUAAAAAUGUAUUUUAAAGAGCAUAGAUGGAUGAUAAGAGCUCAAAAUAAAAUGAAAACAACAAACUGCAAUCUUAGAAUUUAAUGCAAUAAAAUUUUAUUCUUGACAUGAUUGCAUUAUAAGCGAGAUCAGAAUUAAGGUUAUAAUUAGAUUGGAAUAAUCAUGAAUUAUGGAAUGAAGAAAUAUCAUAAAAAAAUGAAAAUUUAUGUAAAAUUUUACAGGAUGAAUCACAUGACUAAGAUUCUGUAAUGUGUUAUAGCUUUUUUUCAAAUGACAAUGAAAUAAUUAAAAAUUGUGUAAUUCAAAAAAAGAAUAAGAAAGAGAUUUAAAGAUUAACUUAUAAUAUAGAUAAACUAGAAGAAUUUGCAUAGGAUUGGAAUCAAAUUAAGUUUGAAGAGAAUAUUUCAUAUAGUAAAGAUCAAAAUCAUUAAAAUGAAGUUGGAAUUUUUUAGACUCUUAAAGCUGAGGAUUAAUAGAAAUCUUUUCAACAAGAUGACGAAUUAAAUGAGGCUAAAAUUUUUUAACAUUUUCUUAAUGAAGCGACAUAUGAAAAUCCAAGUAGAAAUUCAUGCAAGGAAAUUCACAAAUUAAUAAGAUUAAGACAUGAUAAAAAUUGCGUGGAUGUUUAUAAAAUCGAUCAUCUCUGGUCGGAAUUACAUAAUUCUAAAGAAUUAAAUGAAUUAAGUUUUCAAUAAUUUCUUAAGUGUAUCAUAGAUAUGCAUGAUUAAGAUUUGCUAUGGCUUGACCAAUAAAAAAGAAGAGUAUAUUUGAUAUGA